CAAUGGCAGCCUCUAGCAGCAACAGCAGCGAGGAGGAGCGUAGCCUCAGAGAAUGUGAACUCUAUGUCCAAAAACACAACAUCCAGCAGCUUCUGAAGGACUGCAUUGUACAGCUGUGUACAGUCCGACCUGAGAGACCCAUGGGAUUCCUCAGGGAAUAUUUCGAAAGACUGGAGAAGGAGGAAGCAAAACAGUUGUUGAAUCAACAGAAAUCUGGGUCACGCUCAGACUCGCGUGAGGAUGAAAUCUCUCCUCCUCCACCUAUGAACCCUGUGGUGAAGGGCCGAAGAAGACGUGGGGCCAUCAGUGCAGAAGUCUACACAGAAGAGGAUGCUGCAUCUUAUGUUAGAAAGGUUAUUCCUAAAGAUUACAAGACUAUGGCUGCUUUGGCUAAAGCAAUUGAGAAGAAUGUGCUAUUUGCCCAUCUUGAUGAUAACGAAAGAAGUGACAUCUUUGAUGCUAUGUUCCCAGUCACCUACAUUGCAGGCGAGACUGUGAUCCAGCAAGGUGAUGAAGGAGAUAACUUCUACGUUGUCGAUCAAGGAGAAAUGGAUGUAUACGUGAACAACGAGUGGGCAACCAACGUUGGUGAAGGUGGCAGCUUUGGAGAACUUGCCCUGAUUUAUGGAACACCCAGAGCAGCAACUGUCAAAGCAAAAACAAAUGUGAAAUUGUGGGGUAUUGACAGAGACAGCUAUAGAAGAAUCCUUAUGGGCAGUACAUUGAGAAAGAGAAAGAUGUAUGAAGAAUUCCUUAGUAAAGUAUCUAUAUUGGAAUCUCUGGACAAGUGGGAGCGUCUCACUGUAGCUGAUGCCUUGGAACCGGUCCAAUUUGAGGAUGGACAGAAAAUUGUGGUGCAGGGAGAACCAGGAGAUGAGUUCUUUAUUAUCUUAGAGGGCACAGCUGCAGUAUUACAGCGGAGGUCGGAGAAUGAAGAAUUUGUUGAAGUGGGCAGACUGGCGCCUUCUGAUUAUUUUGGUGAAAUAGCUCUAUUGAUGAACCGUCCUCGUGCUGCCACAGUCGUUGCUCGUGGCCCAUUGAAAUGUGUAAAGCUUGACCGACCCCGAUUUGAGCGUGUCCUGGGUCCGUGCUCGGAUAUUCUCAAACGAAACAUCCAGCAGUACAACAGCUUUGUAUCCCUGUCUGUCUGAAAUUUUGCUCCCUCUCAAAUACAUGCUUCACGAAUGCAGACUGCUUUAUUCCCUUGUGCAGAGCCACACGGCCACUGGCAUUUGCAGCUUUCCUGUCUGUUUAAAGAAAAAUUGCUUUAUCAAAGCGUCGUUUUUAUUUUCGAGCAUUAGUUCUGUGCUCUCUAUCCCGUUAAAUAGAAAGAGUUCUAUGGAGACUUUUGCUGUUACUGCUUCUCUCUAUGCAAUGUCUAGUGUCCGAGUUGGU